GCUAGUCCAUUGACAAUGACGUCAGUCAAGUUGGCCAGUCUGAGGGAAACAUGGCGGGAAUGGGCAGAUUUGCUGACCGGUGGCAGAGUGGGCUUUCUGAGCAUGCAGUGUUUGCUCGUCUCCGGAAGCGGUUGUGUGAAACUGAAGAGGGAAACGGGCGGGUUAGGAAACCCGAGUAUGCGCGACAAGUGAGGAACUUAUUGUGCUGUCUAGAUGGAGACCUACUGCUGUGGGACUCAAAGGAAUGCGGGUUCAUCACACUAAGACUGCGGGACCUCGGUAACGAGACUCAGAUCAGCGGGGGAGAGCAGAAACUUAUGUGCAUAAACCCUCCCCUCUUUGAUGUCACUCAAGUCUUGCUGAGCCCCACAAAGCAUCACAUUGCACUGAUUGGCAAUAAAGGUCUGAUGGUCUUGGAAGUUCCUAAGCGUUGGGGAAAGAACUCUGAAUUUGAAGGUGGUGAAAAGACUGUGAACUGCAGGACCAUCUCAGUUGCUGAAAGGAUUUUCACCAAUUCUUCUUCCUUGAUUCUGAAGCAGGCAAUAUGGCACCCAAGUGAGACACUUGAACCGCAUCUGAUUUUGCUAACAUCUGAUAAUGCGUUAAGAAUAUACAAUCUCCAGGAUCCUUUAACACCUGCAAAGUUUAUCUUACUUUCUAACGGAGAUGAAGAAACUACUAUUCCUCAUAAUGGGAGAUCCUAUAAAGCUUCUCUUGGUGAGACUGCAGUUGCCUGUGAUUUUGGACCACUUGCUGUGAUCUCAAAGGGCUUUGGACUAAAUGGAAAAGAGACUCACGCCUACCCACUCUACAUCCUGUAUGAAAAUGGAGAAACCUUUCUGAUUUAUAUUGACCUUCAUACGAGUGCCAGCAAUGUUGGUAAACUCCUGGGCCCACUUCCCAUGCACCCUGCUGCAGAGGAUAACUAUGGCUUUGAUGCAUGCUCAGUUCUCUGCUUGCCUUGCAUUCCUAACAUCCUAGUCAUUGCUACCGAAUCAGGUCUUUUAUAUCACUGUGUGGUGCUAGAAGGGGAGGAAGAUGAUGAACAAAUGUCAAAUACAUCUUGGAAUUCUGGUUCUGAUUUACCAUCGCUGUAUGUAUUUGAAUGUGUGGAGUUGGAGCUGGCAUUGAAGUUAACAACUGAGGAAGAAUAUACUCUUGAGUCAGAGUUCUCAUGUGCAAUUAAACUGCACAGAGAUCCUGUAUGUCCAUCCCGAUACCACUGUACUCAUGAGGCUGGUGUUCACAGUGUUGGGCUGACCUGGCUCAGGAAGCUGCAGAACUUUUUGAGCUCAGGUGAAGAAGAUAAGGACAGCUUACAGGAGUUGGCAGAAGAACAGAAAUGCUUAGUAGAGCAUAUAUUGUGUACAAAGCCUUUACCCUGCAGAUUACCAGCUCCGAUUCAAGGUUUCUGGAUCAUCUCUGACAUUUCCCUUGGCACCUCUAUGAUUUGCAUUACUAGUGGCUAUGAGUGCAUCACCAGACCGUUGUUAACACAAGUCCUCCAACCCAUUGCACCUCCACUUUGCUCUCAGAUUGACAGUGUAGCAGAGCCCCUUGCAGAUGUUAAAGGGAGCUUCGAAGAUCACAUACGAGGCAUUCUUAGGCGCAACUCGGAAAAUCCUCUAUUGUUAAACUCAUCUAACAAAGACGCAGCUCCUCCACCUGAGGAAUGUCUUCAGCUAUUAAGCAGAGCGACACAGGUUUUUCGUGAAGAAUAUAUACUGAAACAAGAUCUAGCUAGAGUGGAGAUAGAGAAAAGGGUGAAGUUGUUGUUCGCACAAAAAGAGAAGCAGCUAAAAGAUUUACAGAAAUGUAAAGAAGAAAGGAAAAGUUUAACAGAAAUGGCUGAACGGCUUGCUGACAAGUAUGAAGAGGCCAAAGAGAAACAAGAAGAUAUCAAUAAAAGGUUGAAACAAGUUUUGCGUUGUUUGCACACUCGUCUCCCUGUUUUAUCAGAUAGUGAAAGAGAUAUGAAGAAAGAGCUGCAGACCUCUAAUGAGCAGCUGAAGCAUUUAGAAAACGCUAUUAAACAGGUUAAAAUUAAAAUGGCUUACCAAGAGAAACAGAUGGAAAAAGGGAAAAGUCCUCAAAAAUCAACGCUUGCCCUUAGUGAUAAUCAAAAAAAGACAAUUCAAUCUGUGUUAAAAGAAGAGGGUGAGCAUAUUCAAGAAGUGGUGAAGCAGAUAAAUGAUAUUAGAAACUACGUAAACUUCUAACAUGACCAAAAUGUAAGAGGAGCUUUACAGAUUGUAAUGGACGAAAAAAGUCUGCAGAAAUAUACAAAUAUCUCGGCACUGGAGGCUGUGGAAAUAAAUAAGUUGUAAAACAAAAUUAAAUGCAGGGUUCAAAAGCAGAAGACCGUUUGAAGAUAAUCAUGGCACAAAAGCUUAACAGAAUUAUUUUUGUAUAAUGUUUCCAUUGUAAGAGUAACUUUGUAUCCGCUUACUGUUAUAUGCUUUAUAAUUACAUGAGUUUCUAAAACGGAAACGCGUUACACUUUUUUUUUCAUUUUUGAAUUUGGUAGUUUUGUAUAUCAUUUAAAUACAUAUUUAUUAAACAUUUUUGAAAUGUA